AUGAGAAAGAGGCCCGGCGAGACGCUUCGGAAGUAUGCCGAACGUUACUGGCAACUGUUUAACAAGAUACCCGGUGUUGAUCAAUACUGGGCGGCAAGGAACUUCAAGAAUGGGUUGGAAACAGGAAGCAAGAUCCUGGAUGAGCUGGCAAUAAGGGCCCCUCAUGGAAUGAACGAGCUAAUGAGGACGGUAGAACAGUUCUGCUCCUACGAAGAGUUCCUCGCCGAGCGAGAACUCCAAGGAGGACAAAACUCAAUCGUACCUCAAAGCCUUCAUGUCCCUACGCCCCAAAUCGCACCACCGAAGCCUGUGGUCGCUGUCCAGCCAAAGAAGCAGGUCAACACAGUCAAGGUGGCAGACAAAAAGAGGCCGAAAGCUCAUGACUAUAUAGCUGAAACCACAGUUUUCAAAGAGCCAAUUUAUUUCCUCUUCCGUACGAUUGAGAGGGAACCGUUCUUUGUUUGGCCGAACCCUCCCAAACUAAACACAGAAGAAGGCAAUAACAACAAUCGGAAGAGAUGCUCGUACCAUAAUGAGCUCGAGCAUUACACCACGGCCUGCGCUCCCUAUAAGGCGCUAUUGGAGAAUUUAGCAGCGCAAGGACUCCUUGAUGAUCAUAUCGACUGGACAAAGACGCCGAGGAGAUAG